AUGGUCCCAGUCUCUAGUAAAGCGGGAGCUGGAAACACGGUUCGGAUCGCGCUGCAGUUAGAUGAUGGCUCCCGUUUGCAAGACACCUUUCUCUGCCAGCAGACCUUGUGGGAACUUCUCAACCAUUUUGCAAAGAUCAGGGAGUUUAUGGAACAGCAUGGUGAAUUCUCUCCAGUCUGUGUUUACAUGCGAGAUGAGGUAUCAGGAAGAGAUGCCCUAGAGAAGACCACACUGAAGUCUCUUGGCUUAACAGGGGGCAGUGCCAUCAUCAGAGUUGUCAUGAGGAAAUGCAGUUCAUCUGGUCAGGAAGAAGCUGUGGGUGCCACGGUACAGUCUAAUGAGCUGACAGUGAGGCCAGGCUCUACUGGAGGAGCAGUGGAUGUGCCCCUACCUCAAGCAAACACAUUCCCAAAGGACUUGGACCACAGGGAUGUGGCCAUGCCUUUAAACAGCUGCGCAGACAAGCAAGACUUGAUUAGAGAAUCUGAUGCCAGCUCAGAGGAGCAGUGGCCUUCCCCACAGCCUGAGUCUACCCCAUUUGUCCCUUUUUCUGGAGAUGGACGGUGUCUGGUGGACUCCUCCAUAGCUGCACCGUCUCUUGGGUCAGGUUUGCCAUCUUCAAAGCUGCCAACAACUUUUUCCAGCCCUGGAGGCCCUUCUAAGCCAAAGAAGUCUAAGAACAGCCAAGAACUGCAAAAGGAGCAAGAUCAGCUUGUAGAACGAGAGCCACUUGUAUGUCACCUAGACCUCCUAGAACCCCUUCCUGCUGGCCCAGAAGAGCUUCCUGAUGAGUUCUUUGAAGUCACAGUGGAUGAUGUACGGAAACGUUUGGCACAACUGCAGAGUGAGAGGAAACGCCUGGAAGAAGCUCCACUGAUGACAAAGUCUUUGAGGGAGGCUCAGCUGAAGGAAAAAUUAGAGCGUUAUCCAAAGGUGGUGUUAAGAGUCCGUUUUCCAGACAGACAUGUUCUGCAGGGCUUCUUUCAUCCUAGUGAAACAGUUGGCAUUUUGAGAGACUUUAUAAGGAGUCACCUUGCAGAUGCAGAUUUGCCAUUUUACUUGUUUAUUGCACCUCCCAGAAUCAUCCUGAACGAUGCAAGUUUGACGCUCUUUGAGGCUAAACUAUUUCCAACUGCUGUCAUUCAUUUUGGAUCUGAGGAGAGCAGGGAUUGUUACCUGAAAUCAGAACUUCUGAGCUCUGUGGUUUCCCCUUCUGCAGCUGAUUUAUUAGUAGCCAGGUAUGUUGGGACUGAAUGGGUUGCAAAUGGGUGAAUAUUUCAGGGGUGGGAAGCAUGA